AUGAUUUGUGUCACCUACCAACUGACUGGGUCGGCCGACUUCUGGUGGGAUACCAAGAUGAAGACUAUGCCGCGAGACCAAGUGGAUAGGAUGACGUGGGAAGACUUCAAGACAGAGAUAUACAACAAAUACAUACCAAAGAGCUACCGAAAGGCAAAGGCGGCUGAGUUUUACAACUUAACCCAAGGGCGCAUGACUAUGACUGAGUAUGACCGCGCACUCUGCGACAUGACUAGGUAUGCGCCUGAACGUGUGGAUACGGACGAGAAGUUGGCCGAUAAGUUCCGUGAGGGUCUAAGGCAUGAGAUAAAGAUGGCAUUGGCUGUUCGUGGGAGACUUACAUAUGCGGAAGCGUUAGCCCUUGCACUAGAUGUUGAGGCAGCUAUGUCCAAGGAGAAAGUAACGGGAAACACUACAUUGGCAUUACCACCGCCACAACAUUCCCGAGAGAAGAGGAAGUGGGAUGAGAAUAGAACUCACUAUGAAAACAAGAGGUACCGCCCUACACAAAACCGACCACAAUAUGGGGGAGGACAAAAUUCAUCUAAUCAGAGGGGCGACUUCCGACCCAAACCACCACAAUGCAAUGUGUGCUCCAAGUACCAUUUCGGGGAGUGUAGAGUGCAGAACACUAUUAAGUGCUUUAACUGUGGAGGAAAUGGUCACUUUUCUAGAGAGUGUCCAAGCAAGAGCGUGGGAACCGGGUCCAGGCAUAAUAAUCAAGGAUUCCGUCAGCAGCAGAGGGCACCACCGGCGGCACCGAGGGUGAAUCGUGAUCAACCUCUGCAACUGCAACCACCUUACCGCCCAAGACUUCCCUCCCAAGCUAGAGCAUAUUCCUUGAGACAAAAACAACCCAAGAUUGAACAAGGGAGUCACGAGAACGAAAACCUGGCAGUGGGAGGGGUAAUAGAGAUUUCUCGAACAUGCUCUAACGUGGAAAUUUUUAUGGGAGAACUUAAGUUAGUUGCUCACAACCUACAAGUCAUGGCAAUGGGGGAUAUCGACAUAAUUUUGGGAAUGGAUUGGUUAGCUGCGAAUUUUGCAACUAUUCGGUGUAAAGAAAGACAAAUAGCCUUACAAGCCCCGGGGAAGGAACCAAUCAUAUACUAUGGAAUCUCAAUGAACCGGCGAACAUCUAUAAUCUCUGCGCUUCCAGCUAGUGCGAUGGUAAGGAAAGGGCGUCCUGCUUAUCUUGUAUACCUUCAAGGAGAGGAGAAGGGAGAAAGGAACGUGGAAGAUGUUUCCGUUGUGCGAGAAUUUCUGGACGUUUUCCCAGAAGCUUUGCCUGGACCACCGCCGGAUCGACAAUUGGAGUUCACAAUCAACCUAGAGCCAGGAUCAGCACCUGUGUCUAAGGCACCAUACCGAAUGGAGCCUAAAGAGUUGGAAGAACUCAAGAUACAACUCCAAGAACUUAUGGACUUGGGUUUCAUCAGACCAAGUGUUUCACCGUGGGGUGCCCCUGUGCUUUUUGUCAAGAAGAAGGAUGGAUCGAUGAGGAUGUGUAUCGACUAG